AUGGAAAUUUUUUUGAAACAAUUCGCUGCUCGAAGCGGCUAUUCCAGCAAACCAGGUAUCAUUAACAGUAGAAAGCAAAAUUAUAAUAGGGAAAACCGACGAGCUCAAUGCUUUUCCGUUAGCGAUGCUUUUCUACCAGAAAUGGAUUCAAUUAAUGCAUUGCUUCAUUUCGCAACAACUUUACCUACAAAGACAAAGAUAACUUCUUUAUCAGUUUGCAACCCGUUUUAUGCUAAUGGAUUCCUUUAUUUUAUUGAUCGGAUGAAUCCGAAACAAGCAUUUGUUUUUAAAACAUUUCCGGAUCCAGAACGAGGACUUAUUGCUUCUUUUCAAACAAGAAUCGCUAGGUCCGGAAUUUUUACAAAAUGCUUAGUGAAACAAGCAACGAUUGAUUGUUCAUCCGGUAUGCCAUUUGUUGGUGACGAAGUUGUAUGGAGUAAUGUUCAAACGUUCAACAACAAUGCAUUUUUUCUUAUACAAGAUCUAAAAAUUAAUACUUGUGUGCUGUGGCGUAUUCAACUAGAUUCAACAAUUACAGAAGAAAAUUCGAAAGAUUACGAAGUGAAUGAAAUCCACAUUGAUAAAGGUGAACCAAAUGAUAAACGCCGACAUUGUACAAUUAUUCAUAUCAGUGAUUCCGACACAGUUAGCUAUAGCAAAUAUCCUCAUAAAAAUAAAAAUACUUCAAAAUCCGAAUUCUCAAAUUCUCUAAAAUGGCAAAAAAUUCAAGAAUUUAAUGUUUCAAUGUUCAAAUUAUUCGACAAUAGUGCAUUACAUUUUGAUACAAAAGAGAAUUACGCAUUUGUUAAAGGCAUUAAAACUGAUUAUAAUGGUAAAUCAAUUGGCCAUUGUUUCAUUGCCUUUCUUGUUCAGUAUAAAUUCGAAAAUGAAAUUCCUUCAAUCGCUUAG